UUGCUCUGGUGAAAUAUGGACAAGUGAAGUGUUACCUUUACAGCAAAAGCGUUUAUCAACUAAAAUCUUUAUUAGAAACAACAGUCGUAAGAAUUUUGUUUUUAUCCCACGCCCUUCGAAUACAAUCGUAGUACAUAUACGACCUUAAGUUACGGUCUGCUUGUUGACAUGCGAAGCUAUAGUUGGCUAUGAAAGAUUAAUUUAAUGUCAAAACAUUUAAAUUGGUACUUAUUAUUAGCAUUGCAUCCACUGAAAACUAAAUUGAUUAUAAUUAAACACAAUGAGUCACUCAAUGAGCAGUCCUAGGAACAUCCAAUUAGUAUUUGAAACAUAUCAAAAAGCUCGCCUUGUGUUCGUACAAACAAUGGCCGAAUUAGCGACAAGAGCUACAAAUGUUAAAUGUCUGGAAAGUGCUGGAGUUUUGGAAUUACUACGACCUUUGCUGUCGGACGCAUGCAGCUCGGUACGCCAGUGCGCAGUGGUGGCCGCUGCGAGGUUGUGUGAACACGAUGAAGGCGUUGCCCGGCAGCUCCUAAAUGAGGGCAUGGUCACAAUCACUCUCGAGAACCUUCAUAAAUAUAAUGUCUACUACAAAAGAUCCGCAUUGUAUUUGAUCAGAGCUGUGGCAAAACACAAUGAAGAGUUAGCGGGUGUGAUAGUUCGGCUAGGUGCUCUGGAACAUAUUGUGUCAUGCCUCGAAGAUUUUGAUACUCAGGUAAAAGAGAACGCAGCAUGGGCUUUGGGAUAUAUUGGAAAGCACAGCGAAUCAUUGGCAGGCUUAGUAGUGGACGCAGGAACACUACCUUUGCUUGUGCUAGCUUUUCAAGAACCUGAGAUGAGUUUGAAACAGAUUUCUGCAGGAGCUUUGGUGGAUCUUGCCCAACAUAAGCCUGAGGCUGUAGUCGACGCAGGGUCCAUAUGUCAUUUAGUGCGUGGGCUAGAAAAUCAAGAUCCUAAAUUAAAGCGUAGUACCUUGUGUGCGCUGGGCGCGGUGGCUGGUGCACGGUUGGAGCUCGCGGAGGCAGUGGUGGCUGGUGGGGCACUGCCUCCGGCACUGCUUCACACUGGUCACGAUGCUGCGCCUGUGCGACGCGCUGCCGCAUGUCUGCUUAGAGAUAUCGUGAAACAUUCCGUUGAUGUUCGUUAUUUCAUUAUAAUCAGUUCAAUGUUGGCGCAGCUUGUUGUAAACACGGGCGGUAGCAGGCCACUGGUAGAGUUGCUAUCAGAAACAGCAGGAGGUGUCCGCGUUCCUUCUUGCAUGGCAUUGGGGUUCAUUGCCGGCCAGUCAGAUCAACUGGCGAUGGCUGUUAUAGAGGCUAAGGCGAUUCCAGCUCUAGUAGAGAUACUGCAGAAUACUGAAGCAGAAGAUGCAGAAUUAUGUGCUGCAGCAUGGACAAUUGGUCAUAUAUCAAAGCACUCCCCACAGCACAGCCUGGCCAUAGCUGUUGCUAAUGCUCUGCCUAGACUAUUGCAGUUAUAUACAAACCCAAAAUCAUCAGGAGAGGUUCGUGCCCGAGCGUCUUGUGCUUUAAAACAAUCUCUACAGUGCUGUCUUCACCGUCCUGCUUUAGAGCCUUUAUUACAUGCAGCCCCUGCUUGCAUACUUAAAUAUGUGUUGGCACAAUAUGCUAAGAUAUUACCUAAUGAUGCAAGAGCUAGAAGAUUAUUCGUGACAACCGGAGCUUUGAAGAGAGUACAGGAGAUAGAUACAGUUCCAGGAACAUCGCUCAAAGAAUACAUUAAUAUAAUAAAUAGUUGUUUCCCUGAAGAAAUAGUAAGGUACUAUACGCCUGGUUACUCGGAUUCGUUACUCGAUAGAGUUGAAGCGUAUACACCACAAAUACCAGAGUUAUUUACUGAUCGAGUACCUAGUGAUUGUCAAAGUGAAUUGACGAUAGAAAAUGGGAAUUGAAAUUGAUGUAAAAUGUAUGCUUAUUACAUUUAAUAAACAUUUUUCUUAUAGUUCA